GUUCAGCGUUCGCCUACAUACCCAGCAUGGGCUCAAUGAGAUUCCCUCUGAUUCUGCUCUUCUUGCAACUUGUUUGUGGAGUGCCUGUUCCUGAACUAAAAGAUGUUGACGUGGAUGGUGGAAAAAACUUGGACAUUCUUGACGUAAAUGAAGUUUACUCUGUUUCUCUUUUAGGAUUGGAUCUUUUUGAAGGGGACAUCAAAUUUAAUGAAGUAAGUGAACUGAACUCAAUCAUUGGUGAGCAGUACAGGUGGCCUAUCCCUGUUCCUUAUUUUUUGGAGGACAGUUUGGAAAUUAAUGCCAAAGCGUUGGUCCUAGAAGCUUUUGAACGUUACCGACUUAAAUCAUGCAUUGAUUUCAAACCUUGGGAAGGAGAAACAAAUUAUAUCUCGGUGUUCAAGGAUAGUGGAUGUUAUUCUUAUGUUGGAAAUCUACGGCGAGGAAAACAACAGCUAUCGCUUGGAACAAAUUGUGACCGGAUAGCCACUAUACAACAUGAAUUCCUUCAUGCUCUGGGAUUCUGGCAUGAACAGUCCCGUGCUGAUCGCGAUGACUACGUCAUCAUUAUGUGGGACAGGAUUCUAUCGGGGAGGGAGCACAAUUUUAAUACAUAUGAUGAUACCCGUUCCAGUGCCCUGAAUGUUCCAUAUGACUACACAUCUGUUAUGCACUACAGCAAAACUGCUUUCCAGAAUGGAUCUGAGCCAACCAUUGUGACAAGGAUCCCCGCAUUCAGUGAUGUGAUUGGACAACGAAUGGAUUUCAGUGACUAUGACCUUGAAAAGCUGAAUCGACUUUACAAUUGCUCAUCUUCUCUCACAUUCUUGGACACAUGCACCUUUGAGUACAAUAAUAUUUGUGGUAUGGUCCAAGGUACAGGAGAUAACGCUGACUGGCAGCAUGUUCUUAACAUUCCUAAUGGACCCUCUAGUGAUCAUUCAAACAUGGGGAACUGCAAAGAUAGUGGCUAUUUCAUGCACUUUAGCACGGCAACAGGUAAUACUGGGCAUAAAGCUUUUCUCGAAAGCAGACUUUUCUACCCAAAGAGGGGAUUUCAGUGUCUGGAGUUCUUCUAUUACAACAGUGGUCAUGAAACUGAUCAGCUGAACAUCUGGAUCAGAGAGUACACAGAUGCCUACCCUAAUGGCACCCUGACAUUUAUCAGCACUGUAGAUGGUCACCCAGCUGACUAUUGGCAACUGUAUCACGUCUCUUUAAAUGUAUCCAACAAAUUCCGUGUUGUGUUUGAAGGUGUGAAAGGAAAUGGAAUUUCCACCGGUGGCUUUUCAAUUGAUGACAUUAACCUGUCAGAAACACGGUGUCCCCACCACGUUUGGCACAUCAGAAAUUUCACUGAAGAGUCCGCUAAACAGAAUGGAAGUCUUUACAGUCCUCCUCUGUAUUCUAAAGAUGGUUAUGCAUUUCAAGUAUUAAUCAGAGUCACUGGUGAUGCUGAAAAGCCAUAUGACCUUGGAAUAUAUUUCCUGCUUAUCUCCGGAGCAAAUGAUGAUACCCUUCAGUGGCCAUGCUCAUUAAGACAAGCGACCAUGGUACUUAUGGAUCAAAAUCCAGAUAUACGAAAGCGAAUGUCAAACCUGAGAAGUAUAACCACCGACCCUGAAUACAAGACAAGCAACGAUUUAUAUUUCUGGGAUAGACCUGAUCGAGUAGGAACACCUUUAACAUUCCCUAAUGGAACACAAUAUUUCCGAGGACCCGGACUUGGCACCUCUGCUUAUAUCACGCAUGACAGGCUUCAUAGCAGAGAUUUCCUUAAAGGGGGCGAUGCCUUCAUUCUUCUGUCAGUUGAUGAUGUCACCUAUCUAAAUUCAUCUCAGCCAACGCCUAAACCCACUGCUGCCCUAACAACCCAGUCCUCAGGAUCAAAUACAACACGAGUUCCAGGAAUAACAACAACAGCGCUAAUAUCAGGGCCAAGCAUCACAACUGUAGAACCCAAUGUUCCCAACCACUGCAAAGACUAUGAAUGUAAAAAUGAUGGUGUCUGUACUGUGGAGGAUGAAAAGCCAAUAUGCAGGUGUAAAGUUACCAGCGACUGGUGGUAUGUCGGAGAAAGAUGUGAAAAGAGAGUCUCAAGCCAGGACACGGUUAUAAUAGCUGUAUCUUCCUCCGUGACAAUAUUUGUGGUCAUGUUGGCCAUUACACUAGUGAGUGUAUACUGCCUAAAGAAAAAACAUAAAAAGCAAUUGACCAGGGUCGUUGAGAAUCCACCUCUGGAGAAAACAUCUGCAUUCUAAAGAUGCCAUCGUAAAAAUGCAACUACACACAGAUGACCAAAACGGUCCAUUAGACUGCCCAAAUUGUAAGUGACAAAACUUAAAUGCUCGGAUACAUGCUACAUACGGGAGGAACCGAGAUAAAAAUUCUGAAAAUGUUCCAGGAAAAGUAAUUUAAGUAUUAAAAUGAAUUUGGUUUUGGCAAUAAUUUAAAAAUAAAAGAUAAGAAAAUAUCUGGAAA